AUGGACCUGAAUUACACGUCCCUUCCACCUCAGCUAUCCAUCGUGCGAGCUAUCAAGGCUGGGCAUGUGCUCAUUGGCGUAGUUUGCUUCAUCGCCUUGCUUGCCAAUGUCCUCGCAGUUGGCCUCGGUGGUAUUUUCAAUGAAAAGCCCGUCCUGGUCACCUAUCCCGUCGAGCUGCAAAAUCUACACUCUGCCAAGUUUGAUCUUGCCGCGUUGAGACCGACCACUCGAAAUGACGCUCGGCAACGUGAUAACAUGAUCUCUGUCAAAUCCAACUUCACUUUAGGAACGGAAAUGCCGCCAUGGGUUACCGCGGAAUAUUAUUUCCAACCAUUCGAGCUUUCGGCGACCGAAACGACAGAAGUCGAGAGCAUUUCCGGUCUCACGAGGGGUUACGGCCUCGACAUCACCUGCGGAGAUGUCACCUUGGCGAAACCGAUCAACGAAACCCUUUUGAACACAACUGUGAUUGACGUAUCGAGUUACAAAAAGGAGCGCGGGAUAACUGACGAAAGAUGCGUGGAUUUCCCCACCCUCGCGCCAGGGCGAAUCUUAAACGAGACGGCGAGCGUCGAGGCGGCCAGGAUCUGGUGUCGCGGAGGCAUCAUAUUGUAUUGGGGACGCGGAGGCGUCCGCGCAUUUCCCGCGACCGCUGCAGAUUGGCAUUCGGAUGGCAUGUCGGGGUCCUGGCUCACAGAAAUCAUGAAAGCCGACAUAGGCAACGAUUUCAUCAACCCUAACGAGCCGAACCCGGAGGAGUCUCUCAUGGUAUCUUCAACCAUGGACGUUUGGCGCCGGUCAUUUUCCUACUUUCUCGGCUCCGGCGUUGUGCCCUACGAGCCGCUCGAAGAAGAUGCUCCCAAGAUCGCGGGUACGGCAACGGUCACCGAAACCCGCAUAUUCAUGUCCAACUCCGCGUUCCUCAUCAGCAUCGUUAUAAUGGCUAUAUAUGUUGUCCUGGCCGCGUAUAUAUACGGCAGCCCUAUGGGCUUCUUCCUUCCGCGCAUGCCAACCUCCAUCGCCGCAAUCGUUGAGAUGAUCGCGCCCAGCACAGCGUUGCGCGACAGCACGCCCGUAUCCGAAGCGAGGUUCGCUUUCGGGCGGUAUAUUGGAAAGGACGGCGGGCGACACGUUGGCAUCGAGUACGCGGAGCUGGUCAUGCCGGCAAGUCCACAUCAAGCUCACGUGCAAGACGCCACCAACAACCCUGAAGCGAAUUGA